UCAGGUGGAUAAUAGUCUUCUUAAUAUUGGCGGAGUUCUUCUUCAUAUGCUGAUUCCUGGUCCCACGACGAACUCUAUGUCCUGGGAAAAUUACAUGAGGCUCGAGACCAUCUACACGUGGAUGGAUGGACUGGCCUCUGACUUUCCGGAGAAAUGUAAAGUUUACAAUAUAGGUAGAAGCGUAGAGGAUAGAGAGAUUAAACUAAUUAAAGUUGGAACACAUAACCGAAACUAUAAGAGAGCUUCCCCUAAACCAUCAGUUUUUAUAGAGGGAGGACUGCAUGCUAGAGAAUGGAUAUCUCCAGCAACUGUUACUUUUAUCACAAAAGAACUAGGAAUAUUUGAUUUUUAUUAA